UGGAAGAGAAACAUUAUAAAAUCAGACAUAUUUCGAGUUCCAUAUAUAUAUAUAUCUUUUUGUUUCCAGAACAACAAUCUCUACGAUGAGGACGAACGCGAUAUCAAAGUUGUUUCUGGUGGUCGUAUUGGGGCAACUACUGGUUUCUCCACUGCCUCCAUGCCAUGGUCGCGGGGAUCCUUUCUUGAAGUGUUGGCAACGUUGCAUGAAGCAUUGUAAUGCUGGAGCAGAUAUAUGUGUGGGUAUGUGCGGUGAUCAAUGCCAAUCCUCUUCAGCUUUCAAAGAUCAGUUUGGGAGAAGAACAUCCCGACCCAUAUAAGAAAAAUUGAGCCAAACUAUACUUAUGUGAAAGGCCAAACACGGCAUCCAAUAAUGAUCAUCCU